AUGAUAACUCCAGCUUUUGAGCUGACCCAGGAUCCGGAUUUUCUUACUAUAAUAAUCAAAGUACCUUAUGCCAGAGCGUCAGAAUUUGAUGUGUAUUUUGAAGGGGAAGAUUUUAAAUUUUAUGCUAAGCCAUAUUUUCUCAGAUUGAUGCUUCCUGGAAGAAUCGUAGAAGAUGGCAGAGAAAAAGCAUCUUAUGAUACAGACAAAGGAACUUUUACGAUUCGGUUACCUAAGGAGAUUCCUGGCCAAUAUUUUGAGGGACUGGACAUGCUGACUUCUCUUUUAGCACCAAAGAAAUCAAGAUCUGCAAAACCUUUGGUAGAAGAGAUGGCUGCCUCUGCUGAGUUGUCUGAGGAGGAGGAUGAAGAAUUUGACUGGGAAAUAGAGCAGACCCCUUACAAAGAAAGUGCAGAAACCACUCUGCCACUGCAGUACUGUUAUGGAUUUGGGAAUAUGCGGUCAGGGGUCUUCCAGCGGCUGCAGGAUGAACUCAGUGACGUUAUUGACAUUAAGGAUCCAGACCAGACUCCUGUAGAUGAACGUAGAAGAAAACGCCUGGCAGCUGAGGCUGCCAAGUUUGAUCCUGAUCAUUACCUAGCUGAUUUUUUUGAAGAUGAAGCUAUUCAGCAUGUUUUAAAGUAUAAACCAUGGUGGGUUGAUGCUCAUAAAAAAAUGACAGCCUUGCAGGGAGAAAGUCAUCAGGAACAUGACACUCAUACAUUCGUUGUCUUCUCUGAGGAAGAGAAAGCGCAGCUGAGAAAGUUCACAAAUAAAUCUUAUCUUCUGGAUAAAAGAAGCCGUCAUCGUGUGUAUCUUGGUUUAAUUGAUAUCCUUCUGGCAUAUUGCUAUGAAGUCUGUGUCAAUGAAGGAGACAAGAAUGUUGAAUCAUCUUGGAAUGUCAGGAAACUGAGUGCAACAUUGUGCUGGCUGGAGAGUUUCAGCAGCAUUCAUGAUGUCCUUGUAUCUUUUGGAAGAAGAGUGCUAUGCUAUCCUCUACACAGACAUUUUGGAUUAGUGACACGUGCCUUUGAGGAUACAGUCAUGAUACUGCAACUAGGAAAAGCUGCAGUUUUGAAGUGUCUGCUGGACAUUCACAAGAUUUUUAUGGAGAAUGACCCUGCCUACAUCCUGAAUGAUCUCUUCAUUACAGACUACUGCAUCUGGAUUCAAAAAACUAAGUAA